GAAUCAGCUGUUUGUAUGACGUCACACUGGUGCAAUUGUUGAUUUUGAACUUAACAAUUUAUUUGUGUGUUAUUUCUGCGAGAUUUUAAGCAAUUCAAAGUGAUUAUUUAAACUUUAUAAACUUAUACUAAGGCAAAAUGAAGUGUGCAGUGGCAAAUUGUGAUAGUGAAAACUAUAGGCAAGCGUGCGAUAUAAGCUUUUUUUCGUUUCCUACGGACGAAGCUCUCGCCAGAAAGUGGAUGCAGUUUUGCCGGCGAGGAAGUGCAUUAUUGAAUCCCAAAUCGAGCUACGUGUGCAUGAAGCACUUUUCUAGUGAAGAUAUAGAAAACAAUCGACAGUUCGAAAUGGGAUUUGCAAAAAAACGCCUUUUAAAGCGUGGUGCUGUGCCCAGCAUUUACCCAGAGGAUGGGGAAACCUCCCAGCGUGCCGAAAGUAUUCAGCGCGAGGAGUACAAACAAAUUGUCAGCGAGUUACUUCAGCAGAGUGAACCUGUCGCAGUCAAUGAAGGUAACAAUUUGAUUUUAAAGAAAGUUUCGACUUAUAUUUGCAAAUAAGUUGUUAUAGCCGAGGCGAAUA